AUGGUCAAAUUACCGAAAAAACCUGACGAACCUGAAGACUUUAAUGAUAUUGCUUCUUAUCUUCAGUCUGGUGUCUUUGCGCCAAAGUACAAUAUCGCAACAAAAAGGAACAAUUUGCGUCAGAGAUGUAAAGACCUUACUCAGGAGCGGUUGGAAUUACGAGAAGCUCUCUUAGAGAAAUUCCAUGUUGGGGCCUCUCACUUUGAAUACCAUAAAACAUGCACUAUGCUGUAUGAGAACACAUUGGAAUCACACAAAAAUGAAGUCAAAGCGUUCGUACAAAAGUGCCCUACUUGUAUCCAACAUGUAUCUAUCAAAGAAAAAAACGAUGUACAGAGCAGUGCAAAAAUAUGUUUGGUUAUUCCGCUUAAAAACAAAGAGGGAAGGACGGUUAAUAAGAAAUUAAUAAGACAUUUUUCGAUGUCUGGUCCCUCCACAGAGAUUCAAUCAGACAAUGGAUCUGAAUUCAUUACCGAUGUACUAAAGAAAACAUGUGAAGCGCUCAAAGUUCAGUUUCUAUAG